AUGGGGAGCAAAGCUAUUGUAUCAAUCUACUUAACUGUUUCCCUUUGCGCUGCUGUUUUUGUCACUCAAGGAAUAGCUCAAACGCAAACGCCACCGACCAGUCCAGGACUUUUCCCACCUGGCUUGGUACCAGUUGAUCUCGUAAAAUGUUGGUCGUCUCUCUUCAAUGUUGAAGGGUGUGUGCUCGAAAUCUCUAAGUCCAUUUUCUCUGGAAAGUUUGAAAACGUUGAAGCCGCAUGUUGCAAGGUGUUUACAUCCUUAGAUGCAAACUGUUGGCCACAAAUGUUUCCUUUGAAUCCUUUCUUCCCUCCUCUCCUUAAGGACAAUUGUGCACGCAUCGUUCCCAACUCGCCCUCACACAAUUGA